GAAAACUUUGUUGUAUUACCAUUCCCUUGUCAAUAUUCAAAGGUCAGAGGUUGUGAUGCUUCCCUACCUGAAUGUUGUAUGUUAAAAACUUCUACAUUUAAUAGUAAUCUUUUAUGCUGUGGUUAUUCUAAUGGUUCUAUAAUCUUAUGGAAUAUACAAUGGCCAGUUAUUGGUGAUACAAACAAUUAUAUUUUAAAUUAUUGGGAUGUUAAAUCUUUUGGUACAAGUAUGAAUGAAAUCAGUAUAUUAAAAGAAAGUUAUAAACAUUGUAUAAGCAUUGCAUUUUCAUCGAAUACUGAUCAAUUAUUGUAUAGUGCAGGAUUACCAGAUUUAAAUCUACGUGUAUGGGAUAUACUGUCGACAUCAGGUCAACAGAAGCAACAACAACAACAAAAACCUGUCAAAUGUUUAUCACCAGUGGAUGAACAACACGGUUAUCUAAGUAUUGAUGUAGCUCCAAGAAGGCAUAUUCUUGCAACUGGUUUAGUAAAUGGUGAAGUAUGGUUAUAUAAUGUGCAGAAUAUGUCUACACCAAUUCACUGUGUCUCUAUUGGAUCAGGGAAUAAUUCUAUUCGUCUACUUUCAUUUUCAUCCGCUUUACGAGUUGAUCUAAACGAUGUAGACUUUAAUACUACUACUACUACUACAACUAGUCAUAUUAAUACUACCUCAAAGGAGGCGGCGUUAUGCAAUUUAUCAACUUCUCAAAUAACUGAUGAAAAUUCUUACAGUAAAGCAAUGAGUAGUACUCAUCUAACAUGUAAUAAUAGUCAAAUUCGUCAAGCUUUAAGCGAAUUAACUAAUACAAUGGCAACAAUAACAACAGAAACAACGGGAGAAGCAGAACAGCCUAAUUCACAAACAAAAUAA